AUGAAAAUCAACUAUAUCUUGUUUGUCAAGUAUGCAAAAAUAAAGAUAUUGUUAAGCGUUAUAAGUGGUCAAAAGGUGCUUUAACUACCACUGCUCAAAAACAUCUUUGGCGGGAUCAUAGAAUUGAUAAAGAUCAUCCAGAAGAGUCAGUAAAAACAGAUGCGGAAAGCAUUAGUUUCACAAUAGAUCUAUAG